UUGGUGCGACUUGGCCGGAGUCCUCAGCUCCAAGGCGUCGGGAAACGCAAAAGGGGGAUGGCUGUUCAAACGGCGGUGAUAACCCCCCACUUUAUGCCCUUAUACUUUCCGGGAUCCGUGGUGGACUUCGAGAAGGGUUACCAAGGAGCCGACUUUUUGGGUUCUGUUGAAAGUGGGGAUUUUAAGGAAACCACCAGAGAUUUGCUGAGCUUCAUCAACACCGCUUCGAGCAACAUUAAACUGGCCCUGGAUAAACCCGUGAAGUCGAAGAGGAAGGUCAAUCACAGGAAGUAUCUACAGAAGCAAAUUAAGAGGUGCACGGGUUUGGCGAGCAGUCAGGUGUCUUCAAAGCCCCAGGCCGGUUCCCCCUCUACGUCUCCCCCAAGCUUCCAAUGCAAGCCCCCUCCGAAGAGGGACAGCUCCAACCUGCAGAGCAAAAGCCUGGCAGCUCUUUUUGACAACGCAAAAGAGAUCCGAGGGGAGAGGUGUAAGAAGGUACCCUUGAGGAAUCGCAAUCUGCCCCAGUCCUUUUUCACAGAGCCCGCCUAUCCCUCUUCGUCGGGACUCUGCCACCCGGCGGCGACUUUUAGAGACCUGGAAAAGUUUAACCAAGAAGCGGUGGAAUUUUUGGACCUCCUGGGCCCGGAUUACAGCAACGCGAUCUCGGAACAAGAGAUCAUCCAAGGGGCAUCGGUAAGGAUCCACCAGGACGUAAUGGCGGAACAUUCCCCGUACGAGGCCAAUCACUUGCUGAACGGACUCAUUUACGGGGACCCGUGGAAUCCGUGUCAUCAAAUUAAACGGGGUCCCGUGGGAAGCUGCAGCCCGAGCCUGAAUGAAACGCCGAAAUGUGUCCCUCUGCCAGCCCCUGUCUACACAAACAGCCCCGACUCAACCAUUACUCCUGCCACGGAGGACAGCUGCUCCAACCUGACGCCAUUCACCCCAAAUUUCCCUGAAUGCCCCCCAAUGUUUUAUGAUUACAAUUCCACGUACAACAGACUUGGCUACCCUGUCUUAUAGACCUGCAUACGACAACGCAGUUCCCGAAAGCUCCUUUAUGGCUCACGAUCUACAGCUCUCCAACCCUUUAAGGAGUAGCUGUCGGAGAGCUUUGGGAGGACAC